UUGAAUUUUUUAUAGAUCCACAGAAAAAAUUUAAGUGACUAAUCCGACUUGAGUAUGGAAUAAAAUAGGAAAAAGGGACGAUUCACUUCAAAAUGAUGAUGGAAGAAGCAUACAAGUUGUUUUAUAUCAAAUGUACCCUACAUACAAGUCUAUUUUAACGUCCUCUAUAAGAAAACUAGUAAAGAGGUGAUAAACACGUAAUUUGAAACAUUCCUAUUUGGAAGUGAAUCGACCCUUUUUUUUCGAUUUUGCCCCAUAUAGUGUGACGUCACAUUCAUAGAUUUAGAUAAUUUUUGUAAACAUUGACGAAAUUUAAUUAAUUCAAGUAGAAUGGAGGACUUUUACUAUCUACAUUUAGCUGAUAACAAUUAUAUAAAGUUUGAUCCAGUAAAUCAAAUCACUAAUGUGUUUUUUGAUGAGUGUCAAAAGCAAAUAUUUAUUGUUAAAAGCGCUGCAGUCAGUGUAAUAAAGUGUAAAGAAUCUAAAGAUAGGAAUUUUUCCUUCUGCUUAGACAAUCAGAAUCCACUGAUAGCCAUAAAGUUUAACAGCGACAACAGUGUAUUAGCUAUACAAAGAAAUGAGAAUAAUUUGGAACUAAUUGGAUUUAAAAACAAUCAAAUCAUCCAGAAUUCAUCGAUCCUUUAUGAAACUAGAAAGCAAGGAUCAAUAAUAUAUGGAUUCGUUUGGAGUGAACAGCAUGAGUUUAUAGUAAUCACUGCUGAUACAGUGGAAAUCUUUAAUAUUAAUAUGGCCAAGAAGCAAAUGAAGUCACAAAAGUCAUUGUCUGUAUCAUCAAAUUGGUUCUGCUACAAUAGAUCAAACAUAAUCCUGUUGUCAUCAAAUAAUGGCUUAUUGUUAACACCAAUAUUGGUGAAAAAGGAAAGCUUAACAAAGUUGGCACCGAUUCAAAUGGAAGAUGGACAAAGUAUAUCCGAACGUGAUGUUAUUACUGGAACUUUAUAUGAUAAAGCUGCCAUUUUGAUACUAAAGACGACGAGAAAUAGGACAUUAGAAAUAUUUGUAUACCUUUUAACAGGACCAUCAUUUAAGAAGCUACAUGUCUUAAAAUUAGGAUUUAGUGGACGUGUUGCUGUAUCAAUUAUCGAUUCCAUCAUUAUUAUUCAUCAUCAGACAUCUAAAGUGAGCUUACUGUUUGACAUUGCAUUAAAUGGUGAAGCUGAUAACUUAGAUAAAUCUGUCAUGAUUCAUUCACCUUUAUUGGCUGGAAAGUCCAUCAAACCGUUUAGCAUAAAAAUUCCUUCUGUAUCCUUAAAGGAGAAUUCAAUGACUUUUGAAAUGUAUAGUGUAAAUUGGAUCAUUUUUGGUGAUAUAAUUAUUGAUGUAAAGCUAGGAUAUCUUUUUAAACUCGAAUUGUCAAUUGAUAAAAUUCAAAUUGGUGACAAAAUCAAGCUUGUUGAUUUCCUUAUGAACAGACAAAAUGCAAAGUCACAGCUUAUGAAUAUCCUGACACAAUUAAUUCUACCUGAUGACUACAAUGAAAUUCACUUACCAAUUCUGGAGAUUAUUUUCAAUAAAUUAAAUCGAGUAUAUAAACUGAAAAUCCAGCAUGAUUUAAAUAAAAUGCAGGCACUUCCAUCUCCAUCUGCUUUUAAGACUUUCACAUCACCACAACCACAGCCAUUGAAUGAACAUCCAAGAGAAAUUAUUAUCGACCAAAAUGACAUGCUGCAAAUCUUUAAUACAAUUGUCGAUAAAAAUAUGCUAGAAAAAGUAUUAUUAUGCUACAUAUACUCUCUUGUGGUUCAUGCUAUAACAUGCGAAUAUGACCUUAGUAAGAUGCUAGUUAUGACACUUGUUGGAAGUCAGAAAGUCCACGAUCUUCAGCAAAUACUUAGUUUUCAAGUUUUACAUGAAUCAAAGCCACUGGCAUGCUUCAUUCUAUCUCUAGCUAAUUACGAUCCAUUAAUAUCACAAAUGGCACUAGACAUGCUAAAGAGAUUAAAUGCACACGAGAUUAUUGUGGAAAUAUUAUUAGAACAAGGAAAAAUCAUCGAUGCAAUACGAUUGGCGAAACAGCACACAAAUGUUGAUAUGCUGCCUGCAAGAAAGUUCCUUGAUGCAGCACUUAAAGUUGAUAAUAAAAUGACAUUUUAUAGUGUCUUUAAUUUCUUUUUGUCCAGAAACCAAAGAUUGAGGGGAAAUAAUGAGUUUAUGAAAAGUAAGAUCCUAAUUGAUAUUGUUAAAAAAAUGAUUAAAUACAUUAUGGCAUUUUGUAGAUGAGCAAUGUGAUAACUAUGUUAAAAUCUUCCAUGAAAUGUAUCCAGCAUAAAGGACUGUUAUUCUUGAUUGAAAAUCUAUUUAACGGAAGCUAUUAUAAUCCUUGUAUAGACGUAGUCACUACUGACUGAUCUAAGCGUAUUUUUCAGGCAUAUAGAAUUUUGUACGUACGUAUUUUUACGUACACAGAUUUUACGUACGUUUUUAAUAACAUUAUCCUAACGUAAGUAUUUUUACGUAUGUAAUAUUGACUUACGUACGUAGUUUAUAUUACGUGAAAGUUUGCUGAACUUAUUUGAAUGCAUAUUUUUGAAAAAUGCGCUGUAUUGUUGAAAAAUAAAAAAUCAUCG